UGUGACACAACCCAAGUGACAUAGAUGCUCCCCUGCACACUCGGGUGGGCAGCCGGGGCAAAGGGCCAACUCUUUGCCCGCUCUGUCAUUGGACACGCGGUGGAGACACCACGCCAGCGACACGAGCCCACAGCCACGAUGCACGCAGCGCCCAUGGAAACACAAGGCUGCCAGCCGCCGCCCUGGAGACGCUGAGUCAGACAGACAGACAGACAGACAGGCCGGCAGAGGAUGCUCGCGGCCCCAGCGGGAGGCAGCGUGUCUGUCUCUCGAGCCACGCGGCCGGACAGGCGACCCCUAGAGGGCCGUGGAAGAGGGGCCCAGGCCGCGAGCGCCGGGGCGCGAGGAGGGGGCGCCGAGAGCUACCAAACGGACGGACGCAGGGCCGCGCCGAAGGCGGGAGGGUCGCACAGGCGGACACUCGCCGGGAAAGCGGAGCAGCCUAGGGCGCCUCCCCGGCGGAGGCGGCCACCCCUCGGCAGCAGCGCGGAGGGGCGGGGGUGCGGGAGGCGGGAGGCGCCGUCGGGGCCCUCCCCCGGCCCCGCCUCCCUGUCGGCGGCCUCGGCCGCGGGCGCGUCGUUGGUUUCGGGUUGUCAGGCAGCAGCAGCGCAGGCGAGGCUGCGAGGGAGCCGGCGGCGGUGGGGCUGCGGCUCGGCCACGACCGCUGUCGCGGCCUGAGCCCUUCCACCCGCCGCCAGCAUGAAGGACAGCGGGGACUCCAAGGACCAGCAACUCAUGGUGGCGCUCCGGGUCCGGCCCAUCAGCGUGGCGGAGCUGGAAGAAGGAGCCACCCUCAUCGCCCAUAAAGUAGACGAGCAGAUGGUGGUUCUUAUGGACCCAAUGGAAGACCCCGACGACAUCCUGCGGGCGCAUCGCUCCCGGGAGAAGUCCUACCUAUUCGACGUGGCCUUUGACUUCACUGCCACCCAGGAGAUGGUGUAUCAGGCCACCACCAAGAGCCUCAUUGAAGGCGUCAUCUCAGGCUACAAUGCCACUGUCUUUGCCUAUGGUCCCACAGGCUGCGGGAAAACCUACACCAUGCUGGGCACAGACCACGAGCCCGGCAUCUACGUUCGGACCCUCAAUGACCUCUUCUGUGCCAUUGAGGAGACCAGCAACGACAUGGAAUAUGAGGUGUCCAUGUCCUACCUGGAGAUCUACAAUGAGAUGAUCCGGGACCUGCUGAACCCUGCCCUGGGGUACCUGGAGCUGAGGGAGGACUCCAAAGGGGUGAUCCAGGUGGCCGGGAUCACCGAGGUCUCCACCGUCAAUGCCAAAGAGAUCAUGCAGCUGCUGUUGAAGGGGAACCGGCAGAGGACCCAAGAGCCCACGGCCGCCAACCAGACGUCCUCCCGCUCCCACGCCGUGCUCCAGGUGGCCGUGCGCCAGCGCAGCCGGGUCAAGAACGUCCUGCAGGAGGUGCGGCAGGGCCGCCUGUUCAUGAUCGACCUGGCUGGCUCGGAGCGGGCCUCCCAGACACAGAACCGUGGGCAGCGCAUGAAAGAGGGGGCCCACAUCAAUCGCUCGCUGCUGGCCCUGGGCAACUGCAUCAACGCGCUGAGUGACAAGAGCAGCUGCAAGUACAUCAACUACCGUGACAGCAAACUCACCCGGCUCCUGAAGGAUUCCCUGGGGGGAAACAGCCGCACGGUGAUGAUCGCCCACAUCAGCCCAGCGAGCAGCGCCUUUGAGGAAUCCCGGAACACCCUGACCUACGCCGGCCGGGCCAAGAACAUCAAGACCAGGGUGAAGCAGAACCUGCUCAACGUCUCCUACCACAUCGCGCAGUACACCAGCAUCAUCGCCGACCUGCGGGGCGAGAUCGAAAGGCUCAAGUGCAAGAUGGACAAGCAGGGUGGGCGGGGCCAGGCCCACGGCCAGCUGGAGCGGGGCGACAUCUGUCACAUCCAAGCCAAGGUCCAGCUGCACAGCGAGAAGGGUGAGCAGGCUGAGAUGGGACAGCUGCGGGAGCAGCUCAUCAGCGCCUUCCAGGAGCAGAUGGACGUGCGGAGACACCUGCUGGAGCUGGAGAACCACGCCAUGGAGGUGCAGAUCGACACCUCCCGCCACCUGCUCACCAUUGCAGGCUGGGAGCACGAGAAGUCACGCAGGGCACUCAAGUGGAGGGAGGAGCAACGCAAGGAGUCCUACACCAAGGACGACAGUGAGAAGGACUCGGACACAGGCGAUGACCAGCCAGACAUCCUGGAGCCCCCUGAGGUGGCCUGCGCCCGGGAGAGCAUCGCUGCCCUGACGGGGGAGCAGAAGAAGCUGCGAAAGCAGAAGCUGACGCUGGAGCAGCGCUGCCGAGAGCUGCGCGCGCGCGGCCGGCGCCUAGAGGAGACGCUGCCGCGGCGCAUCGGCUCCGAGGAGCAGCGCGAGGUGCUCAGCCUGCUGUGCCGCGUGCACGAGCUCGAGGUGGAGAACACGGAGAUGCAGUCGCACGCGCUGCUCCGCGACGGCGCGCUCCGCCACCGCCGCGAGGCCCUGCGCCGCCUGGAGCAGCACCGCAGCCUCUGCGACGAGAUCAUCCAGGGCCAGCGGCAGAUCAUCGACGACUACAGCUUGGCCGUCCCGCAGCGCCUGCAGGAGCUGUACGACGUGUACGUGCGAGCGCAGGACGAGGGCAGCCUGGAGCGGGCCGCCAUCAUGGACCGCGUGGCCUCUGGGGCCCUGCAGGACAGCUCCUUGCCCAAAAUUAGCAGAGCAGGAAACUUGCCGACCCCAGAGUCCGACCCAGAGAGCGUGAAGACGCUGAGCUCCGAAGCCCAGCUCCUGCAGGGCAGCUUCCUGCCUCCGAUCAGCACAGAGAGCUCCCCCCUAGGGUGGGGGUGGGACCGCAGUGGGACCAGCCUGGUCAACAGAUGCCCAUCCUCCUCUGCCAACCUCAGUGAAGCCAACCACGUGUCCAAGGCCAGUUCUGGGGCCUGGCAGGUGAAGAGCUCCUCUGUGCCCACCCCACCACCCAUCCAGACUGGCAGCCUGGUGACGCAGGAGGCCCCCACUCAGGACAGCCUGGGCAGCCUGAGCGGCCGGAUCAACUCCUCCCCUGACAGCAGUGAGAACCUGUCAGAGAUCCCUUUGUCCUGCAAAGAGAGGAAGGAGAUCCUGACGGACACCAAGUGCAUCUCGGUGAAGGCUGCCCGGCGACGCUCUCGGGCCCUGGGCGCCGAGGGGCGCCACCUGCUGGCACCCAGCAUGGAGCGCAGCAGCCUGUCCCUGCACUCGCUGAGCGAGGCUGCCGAUGCGCGGACCCCCGGCCUGCUGGCCUGCAAGCGGCCACCCAGCCCCAUGCUGCAGCACGCUGCCAGUGAGGACAACCUGUCCAGCAGCACGGGUGAGGCCCCAUCCCGGGCCGUCGAGCAUCGUGGCGAUGGCCCCGGGCCCUGGCUGCGUGGCCAGAAGAAAAGCCUGGGCAAGAAACGGGAGGAGUUGCUGGAGGCAAAGAGGAGGAAGCGGAGGUCACAGUCCUUUGAGGUCACAGGGCAAGGGCUCUCCCGCCCCAAGACACACCUCCUGGGGCCCCAUCCCGCGCAGAGCAUCUCGGACCACAGGGUGCAAGUGUGCGGGCACCCAGCCUCUGGUACCCGGCAUCUGGGAAAGGUCUCCCUGCCUAUGGCCAAGGUCAAACUCCCUCCAAGCCAGAACCCAGGCCCUGGGGACUCCUCACCCCUCGCUGUCCCCUCCAACCCAGCUGGUGUUUCCCAGCGGGCUACCCGGGGGCCCCGCCUGCCCCAUGGCACAAGCACCCAUGGCAAAGAUGGACGCUUCCAACAUAACUGAGGGGCCCUGCCUGGAACCGGCCCUCCUGCCCCCAAGACUGAAUGGCGUGUAGCAGGAAAUGGGAGAUGGAGGCUGGGCAGACGGGGGUGCCCUGCGAGCAGGAGCUCAGGAUCUCAGAAGGCGGGGGCUCCUGAGACCCGGGAACGGUGAGGGUGCCUGCCCAACACUUCCGUGCUUGCGGUGCCACUGGGAAAGGGAGGUGAGCCCAGGAGGCACGGCGGGAUGGCAGGGCUCCCUGGCCUCCCAGCCCUGGACAGAAAACCCUGCUGCCAAAACCCCGUUCCGAGACCUGUGGCCCGACUUGGCCUCAGAAAUGGGGGGGAGGGAACUGUUAAUGGGGCAGGGCUCCGGGGCCCACAUCUGGGGCAGGAACAUUCCCAUGCUGUGCUUGGGGUCGGGGAGGGAAUCUGGUUUUGUUACUUAGCAGUGGCUUCCGCCCCCACCAAGCCCCCUUUUUAACAAUAAAAUCCCGU